UUUAAAAAUACUCCCUGAAACCCAAAUUCUUUUAAGAGUGGAGCUGCUAAAGCAAACUACCCGACUUUUAACUUUACGUGUCUUAAUCAGCACAUAGGGGCAAGUUCAAACUCCUGGGCCAAUACCGAGCCUGAAGCCUGGUCUCCUUUCAGAUUUGAACAGCUACGAUCGGCAGCUGGGAUCUCUAAACAUCUCUGUCCGAGAGGGAAACACGGAGAGGGAGACGUGAGAGCAAGGACGUGAGCGGAAGGGAGGCAAAAAUCAGAGAAAACCUAAGCUGGACACACUGAUAACGCUGUUUUUGGGCGUGCGUAAAGGCGCAAGGCGAAGUUGCAUUUACAGGAUACAUGUAAACACAGAUGUCCCCCUUUUUUGUUUCCCAGACUGGACAUGUUUCCGCUGCUGGCGAGCGACGUUUAGACAGUUGUGAAAAGAGAUUGAACCAAGGGUUGUAGAGAGUCUGGUCUGUUAUCCCUUUCUUUUUAUCUUUCGCUUUUGGGACUGAGUGGAAGUCCUUGUUUUUACGCUUAGAGUACUAAGGAAACGAUAAAUGCAAAUGCGAAGGGUGACUCCGUGCUUUUAUUCAUCGUCUACAGAGACUUGAAAAGCCGCUUUCCCCACAUUGCACAGCAGCCCGUGGUGUUUGGUUCACUGAAAUGUGAAACACUAGUGAAGUCGAUACAUGACAAACUGCUGUAUCCAGCUGGUUUGUUUGUCUCUGUUGUAAACAUUUUACGCUCUUUGGAUUAUAUGUGUUGAGUAGGAAACUUUUUAAGAAUGAAGAGGAGAAAAUUCACGUAGCUCGUCUCCGUUUUCUGCUUACAUCGUCGCUGUUUGCCGAAGUGGAUCCCUGUUAUUAUUUUAGUCAUUUCCGAGCCUUCACGUUGAGGAGAAAGGGGAGCUGACAUGCGCCUGGACAUGGGGAUAUAGUGAGCUGACCUACUGCGAAUAAUACAAAGUUGCGAAAUUGCCUGAUUUGCGUACAUAGUGAAUAAUCAAGACACCCGGAGCCGGUGGGAAAUCAACCAUAGUGCCUGCUCGUGCGCCGUGAAACAACGCUUUUCUGCUCGCACUGAGCCAGUUCGAGAACCAGGUUAUUUUGCGAGGAGAGACUUCGGAGAAAGAUAUGGAGGAGUGGAGACAAUGCGGACGGUGGUUGAUAGACUGCAAGGUCCUGCCCCCGAACCACCGGGUUGUGUGGCCCUCGUCGGCCGUCUUCGACUUGGCACAGGCCCUGCGUGAUGGGGUGUUGUUGUGCCAGAUGUUGCACAAUCUAUCCCCAGGAUCAGUGGACCUGAAGGAGAUCAAUUUCAGACCCCAGAUGUCACAGUUCCUGUGUUUGAAGAACAUCCGGACAUUUCUGAAGGUGUGUCAUGACAAGUUUGGGCUCCGUAACAGUGAACUCUUUGACCCGUUCGACCUCUUUGAUGUCAGAGACUUUGGCAAGGUAAUCUCCGCUCUGUCGAGGAUCUCCCACCACAGCAUUGCACAAAUCAAAGGCAUCAGACCUUUUCCAUCGGAGGAUACUGCUGAGAAUGAGGAUGAUGUGUACCGGAGCCUGGAGGAGUUGGCAGAUGAACAUGACUUGGGUGAGGAUGACAUCUAUGACUGUGUGCCAUGCGAGGAUGAUGGGGACGACAUCUAUGAGGACAUCAUUAAAGUGGAAGUACGACAACCCAUGAUCAGAUACAUGCAGAAAAUGGGUAUGACAGAAGAUGACAAGAGAAACUGCUGCUUAGUGGAGAUUCAGGAAACUGAAGCAAAGUACUACAAGACUUUAGAGGACAUUGAGAAGAAUUACAUGAUCCCACUGAGGCAAGUCUUGAGUCCACAGGACAUGGAGGCUAUCUUUGUGAACCUGGAGGAUGUGAUCAAAGUCCACUUUGCUCUCUUGCGAGCCAUUGAAAUGAACAUGGUCAGUGGAGGAAGCGGCCUGUGGAAGAUCUUUCUCGACUUCAAAGAAAGGUUGCUGAUCUAUGGUCAGUACUGCAGCCACAUGGAGAAUGCCCAGAAGAAACUGGACGAGCUAAUAGCCACACGGGAAGAUGUCAGGAUUAAAGUAGAGGAAUGUACAAUGAAAGUGCAAGAAGGAAAGUUCAAGCUCCAAGAUCUUUUGGUAGUUCCCAUGCAGAGGGUGCUGAAGUAUCACCUCCUACUAAAGGAACUUUUGAGUCACUCAACUGACCGACCCGAGAGACAACAACUGAAGGAGGCUCUGGAGGCUAUGCAGGACCUGGCCAUGUACAUCAAUGAAGUCAAGAGAGACAAUGAGACACUGAAAAAAAUCAGCGAAUUCCAAAGUUCAAUAGAAAAUCUUCAGCAGGUGAAGCUGGAGGAGUACGGGAGGCCAAAGAUAGAUGGAGAACUGAAGGUGUGCUCCUCUACGAACCGAACAAAACAGGACCGGUAUAUAUUCCUCUUUGAUAAAGUGGUCAUUGUCUGCAAGAGGAAAGGCUAUAGCUAUGAGCUCAAAGAGAUUAUUGAGCUGCAAAAUCAUAAAAUGUCGGAUGACCCGACGAACAACAGAGACAUGAAAAAGUCCUGUGGAAAAAUGUGGUCUUAUGGUUUCUACCUGAUCCAUCUGCAAGGGAAGCAGGGCUUCCAGUUCUUUUGCAAAACUGAGGAAACAAAGAGGAAGUGGAUGGAGCAAUUUGAUAUGGCCAUGUCCAACAUCAAGCCAGAGAGAGCCACAGCUAAUCAGCACAACUUUGAAAUGCACACAUUUGAUAAGAAUACCAACUGUCGAGCCUGCAAGAUGCUCUUGAGGGGCAUCUUCUAUCAGGGCUACUACUGCUCUCGCUGUGGAACAGGAGCUCACAAAGAGUGUCUAGAAGUGAUCACCAUUUGUAAAAUAAGUCCUCUUGACUUGGACCCUGGAUUAUCACCUGGUCCUAAGAUGGUGGCAGUGAAGAACUACCAUGGCACACCGGUGCCUCCGGGGAAGACCCCUCUCUGUUUCCAAACAGGAGAUUUUAUCGAGCUUCUGAAGGGAGACCCGGAUAUCACAUGGUGGGAGGGAAAGCUGAUACAGACACAAAAGAGCGGCUUUUUCCCCAGUUCCUAUGUAAAGCCUUGUUUGGACCCAAAGCCCUUCCAGUCAUGCCGGUCGUCCUCAAGGGAUGCAGACUACUAUGGAUAUCCUUGGUUUGCAGGAAACAUGGAGCGGCAGCAGGCAGACAACCUUUUAAAAUCCCACUGCAGUGGGACCUACCUUAUCAGAGAGAGGACAGCUGAGGCGGAGAGGUUCGCCAUCAGCAUCAAAUUCAACGAUGAAGUAAAGCACAUCAAAGUCAUUGAAAAAGACAGCUGGAUACACAUCACCGAGGCAAAGAAGUUUGAAAGUCUGUUGGAGCUUGUGGAGUACUAUCAGUCUCAUUCGCUGAAAGAAAGCUUCAAGUUGUUAGAUACCACACUGAGAUACCCCUACAAGUCGAGAGAACGCUCGCUUACGCGGGCCAACACACGCUCACCAGCUAUUAUAAAGCAGACGGUUGGCCCUUUGGAGGGAGUAGUAGCAGCCACCUGUGCAUCCUACAACUUCUCCUUCCUCAGUCCACAGGGCCUCAACUUCUCCUCCUCUCAGAGCCAAGCCCCCUUUUGGUCAGUGUUUACACCUCGAGUGGUCAGCACAGCAGUGGCCAGGUAUAACUUUGCAGCGCGAGACAUGAGAGAGCUGUCACUGCGAGAAGGCGACAUUGUCAAAAUCUACAGCAAGAUCGGUGGAGACCAGGGCUGGUGGAAAGGAGAAGCCAAUGGAAGAAUUGGAUGGUUUCCUUCAACUUAUGUGGAUGAAGAAGGAGUGCAGUAAGGCUCAGAUGUUGCUGGUCUGGCUCCCUUUAAAUCAGGAACCAUCUUCUAUCUACUGUUCUCAGAGAAAAUUACUCAGUCUCUCCAGGAAAAUAACACAAGGGGAAAAAAACAAAACAAAAAAACCAACAAAGAACUUUUUUUGUUGUUUUGCUGGAUACUCAUUUUUCAGCGAGUGUUUCUACUCUGUUUAUCUUCAAUUAUGCAUCAGCUUUUGUCUUUGCUGGAUGUCCUGUUUAAUUUCUGUACAGGGGAAAAAAGGAAAACAUGGCUUGCUGUCUGUCAGCCUCUGUGUGCUCUGCAGAGACUUUACUGAGGACUGAGGACACAGCAGAAACUGACUGCUGAUAGCUUUACUUUGAAAAAAAAAAGGCUCCCCUUUUUUUGCAGGUCUACGCGAGGUGAAAUAAUUGUACAGUAUAGAUAAUUUAUUGAAUAGAGAUUAUCAUCAUUACUAAUGAUUAUUGUGGGGAGUUGAUUUUAAGCAAAGAAUCUGAUCCGAAAACCUAAAAUAAGGAAAAAAAAAAAGAUGCUGUGUUUUUUUUAUGUUGAAAGAUUUUGCCUUAGUUGUCAUGGUGAUGCCUUGUGGGCUGACACCAGUGGAGGGAAUCGACUUUGUUGACUGAUUUUACUUCUCCAUGUAUGCAUGUGCUCACAUGUGGCCCACAUAAACACGCACACGCACGCACACACAGACCAAUGUACAGUAUGGUGCCUUUGAAGAAUGGGUGUUGCUUACUGAACCUCAACUUCAGCCACUCAAGAACAUUGCCAUGCUCAAAAAUACUUCACUAAAAGAGGAGCUUGAGCCCCCGAAAACAAGAUGGUGAGGCAUUUAUGUCCUAAAUGGCCACUGGAUGAACUCACUGGAUGUGUUUUUCUUUUUUCUUUUUUUUUAUAGCCAACACAACGCCAUACACAGUCUACAAGUCAGUCGUCAGUCAGAUGGAUACGAAAGGGAAAACUUUCAUGUGAUUUUUCUUGCACAGAAUCAUGCUUCUUUUCUUUCUUUCUUUUUUAAACUGGACCAAGAAUUUUUUUUAUUAUCAUUAUUAUUAUUUAAAGCCAAAUUUAGCUGUAUUUCAGUGUCUGCACAGGAUUUAAUUGAUUUGUGAUUUUUCUACCUUGCCUUACUGUUUUCUAAAGAGUUGAUCAGGUGAUGGGAUUGUAUCCCCCUUAAUUUAAAUGUUCCUGUGUGAAAAUUAUUUUCGUGUUGUGCAGACUAAUAUCAGUGUUUUAAUCUGAAGAAAAACUGUGUGUGCUAUAGACGUUAAACCACAGAAGAUGUACUUAAUCGCUUUGUGAUUUUCUAGGGUUGCGGUGCUUAGUGUUUCCAUUUAUUUCCACUCAUUUCUUCCUGCCAUACACGAUUUAUAGCUAUUUACACCACAGUGUGCUGGCAUCAGUUUUUCUAUUGACAGCACAAAUGUACCAGGCAGCUUUCUGAAUCUAGUAUUUUACAGGUAUUAAUAUUUUUUGAAAUAUUUGACCUUGGCAAUUCUUUCUUUUAAAGGGUUCAGUUGUUAUGGAACACGGUCUACAGUUUAAUGAAAGGCUUUCACUUCAGUCUUCUCAUUUUCCAAAAAAUUACCAUGUUGAUAUAUGCGGACAUUGAAAGGCAGUUGACUCUGUCGCUAAACAUCAAGGACUCCUUCAGGGUCAUGUACUUGUGCACCCGUGGGCCACUUAAAGUGCUGCUGCUUUUAUUAAUUUUAUUCUCACAAUGUCUGCUUCUGUAGUUUUACCAUGGAUCUCAAAUUGUGCAGAAAGUAGGGAUGUGACUGUAUCCAACUAACCCAACUUCCCAUCAGGAGUUAGCAGUUUUCAAGCCCAGAGGCAGCACAUCAGUUCAGCCAUAUGCGUUCCUGACAUCAUGGGGCUGCGCACUCUUAAGCUGAAUGGUUGCCAUUUUGACACAAUGUGGGAGACCUAGUGUGAGUUAGAGUGGAAGGGGAUAGAACAGGACCCACACAGGGUGAUCUAAAAAUAGCAGCAGCAGUGAAUGAGGUCAUGCUUGGUAUUGUAUUGAUUCAGCACACAACCAUUAAAAAAAGGCUUUGCUAAAAUUUGAAUGUAUGUAGAUGUUUAUAAUGAAGACUGCUUUCUUGCAAAAACAAAAACACAAGUCAGUCAUUACAGCUUGAACCAACUUAACAAAAACCUUUGGAAGUAAAGUGCAAACACUGAGCACAUCAGCUCUGGCUGGUUCACAAAGGCUUAUGGAGCAGAGGAUGCCAAAAUGUUUAGAUUCUAAACAUGUAACCGUCUAAGAUGUGAAUUGUUCCAAAGGCCAAAUGCCCUGGAAAACACAAAGUCCUACCACUGUGUAACGGGGACACACAGGAAGCCUCCUUUUUGUCUGGAAUAAGGGGUUUGGGGGACAUCAGCUGUAGUCACUUUUUUCUUUUGUUUUGGUUUUGUUUUUUGUAGUGGACAAGAACCCAUUGCAUGUGGCUAUUAAUAUUUCAACUCCUGUCAGUUCAUCCUCAGAAAAAAAUAAGUACUUACUCGUGUACAUUUUUUGGAUGGUUGAGUAUUUCCAAAUGAGAUCUAU